AUGGCCUCGCAGCAACCUCUCACGGACGAGCGACAGAUACGCAAGCAGCAGAUCCGGCCUCGAUACCUUGACUUGGCCGAGCUCGAUGAUGACUUCGGAGAAGACGACGAGUCUUUUGAAUCGUCAAGUCGCAGAGCCGCACUCGGGUCGGUCGCCGAUUGGCCGGCCGCAGCGACAGUCGUCCGCAAGAAAGCACCUAUCAUUGCUUCUUCCUCUGGCAAGUUCUCGCCAUCCGGCGGAGCCAAGCUUCGCACGCGUAAGGUAGAAGAUGGUGCAGAUCCGUCGUCACCAAAACCGUCCGAUCCAUCUCCAAGCAGCGCAGCGAGGCAGCCACAAGAGCACAAGCCUGCCGCGACGCAAUCAAGGUCCGUUCAGUUUGCAGCCGAUACACAUGGAGCAAACGAAGCGGACGCAGAGCCUGUAGUGCAACGAAAGGCGACACUGAAUCUCGCCGGUUCCGUCGUUGGCAGUAUCCAGGAGCGAUCGGUCGGCGAGAGGAGAUCGAACUCCCAUGCAUCCACGCGAGCAAAACCAUCCGGCUCUCGCUUCGUCGUCCGACGGAGGAUGGACGAAGAUCUGCAGAAGCAUGAGGAACAGCGUCAAAAGAGGCUUCAACAGGAAUCGACUCCCGAUGGUCAGGAACCCGGCACAGGCUUCCCUGUCGUAUCGCAUCGCGACCAUAUCACACCUAUCCUCCCACCCAACCCUGACAGGACACGCCAGCACCAGUACAGCGAAGAUAUCGAUACCGUCGAAGCGCCACAAAAAGAUGCGCUUGCAACGCAAGCAGCUCUGACACGACCCUCAACUUCAACGUCGGCAACCAAUCAGAGAAGCCAAACAGCUUCGGCCGGGGAUGAAGUUUGGCUUGACGAGGAUGGCAGGCCGAUGUCAGCUUUCAGAAAGUCGCGCUUACUCCGUCAAGGACUCAGACCGCCCUCUAUCCAAUCGAUUCAAACGUACAGCUCUGGCAAAGACGAUCAAGACGUGACAUCGUUCCGGCCAGAUCCCUCGCGAGAUCCUGGCGGAGGUGCGGACAUCGAUGCAAUCACCGCUGUUCUGUCCGAAGUGUCCCGCGAAAACGAUCAGAGACUGCGUCAGAUGAGCACGGCAGAGGUAUCGGAAGAGCUUCGCAGUCUCGAAAAUCUCUUUGGCAAGGACGUCCUCGAGGCUCUUCGCAACCGGAAAAGUACAAGCAAAGUGCAAGUCAACGAACGCGCCUUGUCAAAGGCCACGGAGUCGGGCAUAGUCCAAUCCGAAUCGACCCUUCGUAGGAGAGGAAAUUCUCUCACGCAAGAAGAGGAUGGGGAAGGCCCGCUGGCCAUCAAGCGUCAAUACUUUCCGGGCGAGCCCGAAGGGCCCAAUCCCUCCUUGGAAUGGAUGAUGCCACAGCCCUCGCAACAAGCGGCGUCGAAAGACCUUCGCUUUGAUUUCUCCGGAACGUCCAUCGAACGCGGUGUUCAGACCGACCAGACGUAUCUUUCCGGCUUGCAUCAUCACGGCGACGACCAGGAGGCUCCAGGCUACACUGUCGCUGAGCUCCUACAUCUCUCUCGAAGCACAGUCGCAGCACAACGUCAGCUCGCACUCAACGUGCUCGCCCGCAUCUGCGAACAUCAUCCCACCUGGGGUGGAGACAAUCUUCCAAUGAGCGUCGCAGCAACAACUCUCCUCAAUGACAACGCUUUGCUGCUCAGAGCUAGAAUCAUCUCCAUAUCUCGUUGGCUUCUCGGUGAUCGGCAUUUCACGGUGCGAGCAGCCGCUCUGAGGUGCCUGGUCAGUGCAGUGAGGUCGCUGCCCGCGGGUGCCUCGCCUCCACUAGCAUGCACCCAGGAGCUCAAAUUUGGAAGUCUGCUCCGUGCAGGUCAGAGCGACCGGGACGAUGAUCCCGACCGACCAGAGGCUAGCGAAGUCGAGAAAGGCAUCCAAAGUGACUGGGCUGAUGUCAUGCUCGAGUCCGACAUCCUUACUUUGUUCUGGGACAGGACAGACAGCAUCAUCACUUCGACUUGGGAGGCUGAGCUGGCGCUGGAAUUGCUCUUCCGCAUCGCGUCGUGUUCUGCAUCGCAUGCGAUGCGGGUGUUCGAGGAUGACCCUACAAAGUUCUGCGACUUUGUCAUCCGCCUUGGGCUGAAGGUCGCUUGGCCGCCGGUCACAGUCGAAAGUCCCUUGGCCGGAGCAACACCGCCAAAGUCGAGCUCGUUACCUUCGGUGACAGCUGUUCAACUCUUACAUCAGGGCAUCCUCAGUGACCGCAAGAUCGCAGAAUCGCUCGUUCUGAGCGGCAGCAUCGAGCAUCUCUUGCGCUUCGUGGUGACGCCGCCCUGGAAAGUCGAAGAAGAUUGGGCGUUUGAUGACGAAGCGGGUGAUGCUAUUGUCGUGGUAGCCUACCAGAUCUUUGACGAGGUGGUCCAGCUUUUCGUCUCACUGGCAUCGUACGGCCUGUUUGCAUCGGUCGUUGCGCGCACUUGGGAUCUGUGGCGAGCGGGCAGCUCUUGGGCUGUCAGACACCUGUUGGACCAUGGCGCCGCAGAAGAAGACACAUCAAAGAAGGCCUGGAUCCGCGAAGCGAGGAACACCGCGGCCCAACGCAUCUUUGAGAUCCUUGGUGCGUGGACACAUUGUGCCUCAGACCCACACGAACUGAUGACCGCUCACGACAUCACAUGGACGCAAGUUCGCGAUUGGAUCGAGUCGGUCAAGGACGCUGCUGGAGAGAUUGAAACAACUGGCUCAAGAGAGCGUUCAGACCAGGCACCCGCGUUGGGAGCGCUGUGCGCCUACCUCGAUGCUUGGACUCGCUGCGCUACUCGCAAAGAGCCCAAAAACCUGCCGAAAUGUCUCGAGCCAUGUCGCGCCAUCCAGGCAUAUUGCUCACAGCCUAUUCAAUGGCACAUUCGAAGGAUCAUCGAACGAUUCUCGUUCGCGCCAACGCAGGCAAUGGCGUUGGAUGGGGCUGAGCAAGCCUGUCGAGCCUGUCACAGAUAUCUCGACUUCAGUCUAAAUCUGGCGCGCGCGGAUCAGAACAACUCGAGUCUAGUGCCAAACGCUUCAACGGCUGGCGGGGUCAGCAGCGUCAUGCUUCAGGAGGGUCUGGCUCUGAUUUCUAGCAGCACCUUGUGGCAAGCGCUACAGAGUCCAGAGUCCAUGGCGUCGGGGCGACACGUCUACCGUCAGACGUUCUCUGACUUUGUCGCUGCUACAUUGUGCACGUCGCCAGAAGCUGAAAUGACGCUUCAGUUGGCUGCGAUCACUCGUCUCGAUGAGCGACACGCGAGUCGAGUUGCGCAGAUUGUCAUGAGUGCCGCCACGGCGCUCUCAGGAUCCGCGCCUGCUCACACUUUGCAACCAUUCCUCUUGGAAUGCGUCAUUGGAGCCAAUCGUAUGCCAGAGACGGAUCAUCGAAAAGCUGUCGAAAGUCGUGACGAUUUGCCCUUGUCGCAAGUCCAGUCCUUGUUCAAGUCGAGCUCGUGCCAGAGCAGAAGUAAGAACGAGCCAUCCCAAAGCGCUUCAGAAGCCGGCGACGAGCAGAAUGAGGAUGACGAAGAGGACAUCGAUCCUAUCACCGGCUCCAAGCUGUGGAAAUGCCCCGCAAACGGCUUACCGAUUCGAGCCGAUUGGCCGCUGCUACCACUCGACGAUCUUCUUCACAGCGGCAACACGACUGUAUUCAACCGUCCCGACAACCUUGGCCAGGACUGGAAGCCAAGCGAGCUGGAGAUGGUGCAAGAAUCGCUCCAACUUGCCGUUGCUGUCUUCCGGGCCCUUCUGCAGCGAUAUCAGCAAUGCAAUCUGAAAGGUGACGACGGGGUUGCAGCAACAGCGGAAGCGAAGGCGAUGCUCAGCAGCCUCCCAAGUCCGGAGCAGAUCCUGCUCGGAGUCAUGAAGGUGUUUAUGCUGGAGAAGGAUCAACCCCACACCUUCACGGAUAAGACCGUAGCUGGUGAUGCGCAGCAGAUGCAGACCGGAUCGCUCACGGGCCGGGAUCUGUUCCGCAAUCCGGUCGUUUCCGAUUUCCUAACUUCGCUCCUCGACAUCGCUGACGAGCUAGUUGAGCUGCGCAGACAGCACCCCAAGGACACCCUCAUCAGCACUGUCACACUCGACGUCUGGACAUCCACCACGUACGGUAGCAGCAUGACCUUCUACCAAUUUUUCACCGACCUCGUCGGCCUAUGGGAUUCCGUCUCGUUCGGGGAUGCGAACUUCUCCCGUGCGAUCAUGACAGUGGCCAACGCAGGCUGCGGUGGCAUCUUUGAAGGGGAUCACGGCAUCGCGGUCGAUUUCCGCCGAUUGGUCUGGAACGAUUACAGCGAGAAUCUGCGAAGUAUGCCGCCGACAAAAGUAGCGGAUUGGCUGCUCAGUUGGACGGACGGAGAUGAGGAUAUGCUCGAGCAUUACUGUCGGUAUCUGGCGGGUGCUGCCGAGACGAAGGCGGCGAGGCAGGGGAUGGCUUGGCAGGUCGCGGCGCAUCAUGUCGGUGCCGCACUUGAAAAGAUCAGCAGUGCGGAUAGUGAGAAGGUGACUGAAUUAAAGAGGAGGGAGACUAUUCUCAGGUCGUUGUUCGUCGCUAGAGGCGAUGCUCUGCUGAAAGAAGUGCUCGAGUCCAGAGGUGGCUCAUCGAGUGCGAACGUGCCGGGCGAACAACUGCAGCGCCUGAUCGCGCGACUCCAACGGUCGUCCUCGGCACAGUAG